UCUUGUUCAUCGUUGUUUUCUCUCACCUGACCACCCCCUAAAAACACGUCCUGACAAACAUUGCCUCCAUUUGCCACCACUUCCCUUUAAGAACCACCGCCCCCUACCCUCUCCUUCGCCUCCCUUUGUCUUCCCCACUCCCUCCUCUUCAGCAACUGCCAGUGCCACUUCUCUCUCUCUCUCUCUCUCUGCUCCGCCAGUGCCCCUUCUAUAUAUUCUAGCUCUCAGUUCUCAUCAGUCCCUUUCUGUCCUUAUCCAUGGCUGAAGAAACCCCCCACAAACCUCCUCCUGCUGCUACUGAAGCCUCUGCCCCUGAGGAGGAGGUAGUUGUGGUCGCCAACGUCCCCCAGCCCGAGAAGCCCCCCCUCUCCCUCUCCGCCGAUAAAGAACUCCCUCCUGCUCCUGAACCUGAACCUGAACCUGAACCUGAACCUGAACCUGAGCCCGUCCCCGAGAAGGAGAAUCCCCCUGUCCCUGUCGCUGAGGAGGAAGAGAAGCCCAAGGCUGAAGAAGAGGAUGAGGAGGAUAAGAAGAAUAAGAAAUUAGAGAAGGUCGUCACCAAGUCGUCUUCCUUCAAGGAAGAGAGCAACGUGGUCGAUGAGCUCCCCGAGUCGCAGAAGAAGGCUCUCGAUGAACUCAAAUCCCUCAUCCAGGAGGCUCUCAGCAAGCACGAGUUCACCGUUCCCCCUCCCUCUGCCUCCAAGGAGGAGGAGGAAGUGAAAAUCAAGGAAGAGGAGGAAGACAAGCCUCCCAAAACCGAAGAGAUUCCACCCCCUGCAGCUGAAGCACCAUCAGCUUCCCCUGCUGAAGAAGAACCUCCCAGACCUGAGCCAGAGGCUCCGGCCCACCCACCACCCCCAGAUGAGGACAAGGUGGAAGACAAGGAAGCGCCGCCACCUCCAGCGGCAGCUGUAGAGGCUGUGGUCGUCGAGGAAGUGGUAGAGAAGGUGACUGAAGUAGAUGAGGACGGCUCUAAGACCGUUGAGGCUAUUAAGGAGACCAUAGUUGAGUUCUCAGCUCCGGUAGCUGAACAAACCCAAGCCCCACCUAAGCCAGCUGAUCAGGGGGAGGGCCCCGCAGAGACCAAGGAACAAGAUGCUGCCGAGGUCCCAACCCCUCCUCCGCCUCCACCGGAGCAAGUCUUCAUUUGGGGAAUCCCGCUACUUGGAGAUGAGAGGAGCGAUGUCGUCCUCCUCAAGUUCCUGAGGGCCAGGGACUUCAAGGUGAAGGAUGCGUUCGCCAUGAUCAAGAACAUGGUCCGCUGGCGCAAGGAGUUCGGGAUCGAAGCCCUGCUCGAGGAGGAUCUUGGAUGCGAUCUUGAGAAGGUGGUGUUCAUGCACGGGUCUGAUAAGAAGGGCCACCCAGUCUGCUACAAUGUGUUCGGCGAGUUCAGGGACAAGGAGCUGUACCAGAACACCUUCUCCGAUGAGGAGAAGAGGAAGAAGUUCCUUAAGUGGAGGAUUCAGUUCUUGGAGAAGAGCAUCAGGAAGCUCGAUUUCAGCCCUAAUGGAGUCUGCACGAUUGUUCAAGUGAAUGAUCUCAAGAACUCUCCUGGACUUGCCAAGAGGGAGCUCAGGCUCGCCACCAAUCAGGCACUUCAGCUCCUUCAGGAUAACUACCCUGAGUUUUUGGCUAAGCAGGUGUUCAUCAAUGUUCCUUGGUGGUACCUUGCCUUCAACAAGAUGAUCAGUCCUUUCCUGACCCAGAGGACCAAGAGCAAGUUUGUCUUUGCCGGUCCAGCAAGAUCUGCGGAAGCCCUGUUCAAGUACAUAGCUCCUGAGCAAGUACCGGUGCAGUAUGGUGGGCUGAGCAGGGAGGGUGAGCAGGAGUUCACAACCUCUGACCCUGCCACCGAAGUUGCAAUCAAGCCAACGUCCAAGCACACUGUUGAAUUCCCCAUCUCUGAGAAAUGCCAAUUGGUAUGGGAAGUUAGGGUCGUCGGUUGGGACGUGAGCUAUGGAGCUGAGUUUGUGCCUAGCGCGGAGGGCAGCUACACAGUGAUCGUGCAGAAGUCCAGGAAGAUUGCAGCAGCCGAUGAGACUGUAAUCUGCAACAGCUUCAAGACGGGAGAACCUGGGAAGGUUGUAAUCACCGUCGACAAUCAAUCCUCCAAGAAGAAGAAGCUCCUCUACAGGUCCAAGGCCAAACCCUCCUCUGAUUGAACAAGGUACUAAAUGGGGAAAGAUGUCAGUCAUGGUACUGCUCUUGGAUCAACAUUUAUUCAGUUCGAUCUCUUCCUGUUGUCUGAUAUCAUCAUCAUCAUCAUCAUCAUCAUCAGCAUCAAUUUAGUUUCGAAUGUUGGGAGUCCAGUGAUUUAUUUAUUUAUUUUUGGCGGUUGGUGUUUUGCUUAAUUUUCUCUGGGAAUAUUGUUGGGGUGCAAUGGUGACUGUUCCUUUUUAUGGAUUGGAUUGGAUGGAUGGAUAGGUAGAUACACAUCCCUAGUACAGAAAGGGAAAAAAAAAAAAAAGAAAAAAAAAGGACGCAUUAAUUGCUCUAGCGCAGCACAUAUUGUAAGAGGGAGGGAUGGCUGGAUAUAUGUAUUACCAACGAUAUAUGGUUUUAAUUUGUUGGCUGUGAAUAGAAACUUUGGUUGUUAUUCUUGAUGAUAUGACACUGUGGACAGUAUUUGUGUGAAAGGUUAUAUGCUCUUCUCUCU